AUGCAACGACCAAGUUGCAUCCUCAUCUUUCAAAAGGGCUUGCCAACUGAGCACGAGCUAUACCGGGAGCUAGCCAUAACUCCAAGUCAAACCUUGGCACAAGUGUUCGCGACAGCAAAACGCUACGCACUUUGGGACGAUGAUCGUAUCGCCGCAAAGAAAGCUAGCAAGCAAGUUGACCACCCGACGAAGCAGGCAAGCCAAAAGAGCAACAAGUUCGAGCAAAAAACCCGAGAUAAGCGCAGAUCGCGGCCCCAAGAGGGAAGCUUAGAAACAGGGACCUUCACUGAGUUCGCUAUCCCAAUCCACCAGAUCCUAGCUCAAGUGAAGGAUAAGCCGUGGGUGAGGAGACCACCACCCAUGAAGGGAGACCCCUCUAAAAGAGACACCAGUAAAUACUACGCAUUCCACGGGGAGCACGGUCAUUACACCAACAACUGCAACGCUUAG